ACAUCACAAUCUGUGAGUGUUUUUGGGUGCUAGGGGGCUGAUGUUAUUUCAGUGAGGCAGCGGGGCAAAGAGGCGGAGUUAAUGGGACCACAAGGGAAAGUGAAAUCUUUUCAAAGGAGGCUGAAACAGUUUGGAGAGUGUGUAAGGAUGGAGGUGUAGCUUUUUGCUGGACCGCAUUUCAGUGCCAAGAGUUUGAAAUGUGUUCAACCUCAGCCUCACUGCACAAUGAUUUGCUGACAACAUACUGAAAACUUAGUUUAGCUUAGUUUAACUGAUGUCAAGUGUCACAGGAACCAUGGCAACAACAGCUCUGACUGGAUUCUCUAUGAUGAGCUUGCUCAGCCUCGGGUACCUGACCUGGGACCUGAGUCUGAGUCCUAACCAGGUGGAAAACGAGCCCGAGCACACUUUUGUUGACAGCUCUCCCGUCCCGCAGCCUCCUCACAUCAUUUUCAUCAUGACGGACGAUCAGGGAUUCAACGACAUCGGCUAUCACAGCUCUGACAUCAGGACACCGGCGCUGGAUAAACUGGCUGCGGACGGAGUGAAGCUGGAGAAUUAUUACAUCCAGCCCAUCUGCACGCCCUCUCGCAGUCAGCUCAUCACUGGCAGGUACCAAAUUCACACUGGCCUGCAGCACUCCAUCAUCCGUCCCCGCCAGCCCAACUGCCUGCCCUUUGACCAGGUCACCCUCCCUCAGAGACUGCAGGAGCUCGGCUACUCCACCCACAUGGUCGGCAAAUGGCACUUGGGCUUCUACAAGAAGGAGUGCCUGCCCACUCGCCGUGGCUUUGACACAUACUUUGGCUCCUUAACGGGCAGUGUGAACUACUACACCUACAACUCCUGUGACGGCCCCGGGCGGUGUGGAUUCGACCUCCACGAGGGGGAGUCGGUUGCCUGGGAUCAGAGGGGCAAAUACUCCACCCAUCUCUACACACAGAGAGUCCGCAAAAUCCUGGCAACCCACGAUCCUCAGUCCCAGCCGCUGUUCAUCUUCCUCUCCUUCCAAGCUGUUCAUACACCCCUGCAGUCUCCGCGGGAGUACAUCUACCCUUACCGUGGGCUGGAAAACGUGGCCCGCAGGAAAUACGCUGCUAUGGUCUCAGCUGUAGACGAGGCAGUACAUAAUAUAACGUACGCUCUUCGUAAGUAUGGUUACUACCAGAACAGUGUCAUCAUCUUCUCCACUGACAACGGUGGCCAACCGUUGUCUGGCGGCAGUAACUGGCCGCUCAGAGGACGUAAAGGCACCUACUGGGAAGGCGGCGUCCGGGGUCUGGGGUUUGUCCACAGCCCUCUGUUAAGGAAGAAGAGGAGGGUGAGUAAAGCCCUAGUGCACAUCACUGACUGGUACCCCACACUGGUGGGAUUAGCAGGUGGCAAUGAGUCCCUAACAGAGGGGGUGGAUGGGUAUGAUGUUUGGGAAGCCAUCAGUGAUGGGAAGGAGUCACCCAGGUUAGAGAUCCUCCACAAUAUUGACCCUCUGUAUAACCAUGCACGCAGUGGCUCCCUGCAGAAAGGAUAUGGGAUUUGGAACACAGCUGUUCAGGCCUCCAUAAGAGCUGGAGACUGGAAACUCCUAACAGGAGACCCCGGCUACGGAGACUGGAUUCCGCCGCAGAUGCUUCCGGGUUUCCCCGGCAGCUGGUGGAACCUGGAGCGCCACACUGUACAGAAAUCUGUGUGGCUUUUCAACAUCUCCGGAGAUCCCAACGAGCGUUUUGACCUUUCUGAGCAGAGACCAGAUGUUGUCAAAGAGCUGCUGGCUAGAUUGGUGUUCUACAAUCGCACAGCGGUGCCAGUAAGGUACCCAUCAGAGGACCUACGGGCUGACCCCCACCUCAAUGGAGGUGCCUGGGUGCCCUGGGUAGGAGAUGAGGAGGAGGACAGCUGGGACACCGUCUACCAGAAAAAGAACAAGGAUUGGACAAAGAAGCUGAAACUGUCCAAAAGCAGGUCAUUUUUUAGGAGACUGAACACUAGGAUCAUGUCCAACAGGAUAUAGACAUGACUAAAAAAAGGUUCAGAGGAGACCCUCCUAGGAUAAGAUUAUAUGAAGGAGAGUAUUUUUGUUUUUGUUGAGUAAGGAAUCAAGCUUCUGCAAGAUACAGCUGCAGUUAUCAGUUGUAGCUGCAGGUG